GGCACCGCAGUACAACGCGAUCGUUUUCAACGUUCGUACGUAAAUCCACGUUCGUUAUAACCAAAACUUUCUUACGUCAAUUCAAUGGAUAUAACCUAAUACGCCGCGAGUGUUAAACUGUACGAUGUAGUGUGAUUAUUAUUGUAAAAUAAUAUGUUGUUUUAAACGAGUAUCGUGUGUUCAAUUAUGUAAAUAGUGUAGUGUGAAGCUAUGAGUAUUCAAAAGUGCCUUCUGGAUAACUCCAGUAGGAUGAUCAAAGCUAUGUCAACUGCGAAAUCAUCGAACAAUGAAGUCAAAACGGGGGUGCAAAGCGGCCUCAAAAAAGUCGGUUUGGCGAUGCUGUCUCUCUCCAUAUCCAUCGACGAUAAGAACAAAAAAACUACACGCAGUUGGAUAGAGUCCACGUUUCAGAAGAGGGAAUGCAAGUGCUUUGUGCCCAGCGCUAAGGACGAACACGUGUGCUGGUGCGGAUUGAGCAGGACAGCUCAUGGAGCCAACAUCCCAGUGGCGCCACCUGGGGAGGCGUGGGUCCCACAACGUCAUACUCAAGCUGGACCCACUGACGCUUAUGGCACUGUCGAAUUCCAGGGAGGACCACAUCCAACGAAAGCACAGUAUGUGCGGCUCUCCCAUGACACAAGACCAGACCUGAUCGUCCAACUUCUUACGCGGGAAUGGGCACUAGAACGACCAAAACUUCUCAUCACUAUACAAGGAGGGAAGGCAAAUUUUGACCUCCAGCCGAAACUUAAGAAGGUUUUGAGGAAAGGUCUUCUAAAAGCUGCGAAGACUACUGGAGCGUGGAUUUUUACUGGAGGGACCAACACGGGUGUAACUCGCCAGGUCGGGGAUGCGUUACAGCUGGAGAGAUCGCAGCGCGCUGGUCGUGUUGUCAGCAUUGGAAUAGCGCCCUGGGGUAUAGUGGAGGGCUCCAACGAGCUGAUCGGCAAAGGACGAGAUGUACCCUACCACGCUAUAGCUUCACCGAGAUCAAAGCUCGCUGUACUUAACAAUCGUCACGCCUACUUCCUGUUGGUGGACAACGGUUCUGUUGGUCGCUACGGAGCCGAGAUCGUGUUGAGAAGGAAGCUGGAGAAAUACAUAGCAGCGCAAAAGUUGCAUCCUUACACACACUCAUCAACACCAGUGGUGUGUUUGGUAAUCGAGGGUGGUACGAACACGGUGCGUGCUGUCCUGGAGUACGUCACGGAUACACCCCCUGUGCCUGUCGUGGUGUGCGACGGAAGCGGCAGAGCAGCAGACCUUAUAGCCUUCGUGUAUAAGUACGCAUCAGAGACAGGGGAGCAAACGAUGCUAGAGUCGAUGAGAGACUUCCUCAUCGACACGAUUCAGAAGACCUUCGAAGUUGGGCUUCAACAAGCCGAAUGUCUCUACAGCGAACUGCUUCAGUGCACCAAGAAGAAAAAUUUGAUCACGAUCUUCCGGAUUCAAGAACGCGCUGAAGGUGGAGAGGUACAGGAGUUAGACCAGGUUAUCCUGACGGCACUGUUCCGAGCCCAGCACCUGUCACCCAGCGAACAGCUGUCGCUGGCUUUGACCUGGAACAGGGACGACAUAGCCAGGUCCGAAAUAUUCGUGUAUGGACAGGAGUGGCCGCCAGGUGCCCUCGACGAAGCGAUGAUGCAAGCUCUCGAGCAUGACAGAAUUGAUUUCGUGAAGCUACUCCUUGAGAAUGGAGUUUCUAUGAGGAAAUUUCUAACUAUACCGCGUCUUGAAGAACUUUACAACACUAAGAGCGGGCCGAGCAAUACCUUAAGAUACAUCCUCAGGGAUGUCAGACCGCAUCUACCCAGAGGUUAUGUCUACACGCUGCAUGAUAUAGGAUUGGUCAUAAACAAACUGAUGGGAGGCGCCUACAGAUGCUACUACACCCGCCGCAAGUUCCGUCCGAUAUACGCGAAGGUGAUGAACAAAAGCGUAAAUGUUCACCGCAACAGCGCCUCCUUCACCCGUCACAAUGCUGGAGGACUAUCUCUCAUCACCGGUUUCAUGCCUGUCACCACCGAAAUGGCACUCUUCGACUACCCGUUCAAUGAAUUAUUGAUGUGGGCUGUGUUGACCAAACGCCAUCAGAUGGCAUUGCUAAUGUGGACUCAUGGGGAAGAGGCUCUCGCUAAAUCUCUAGUGGCCUGUAAGCUAUACAAAGCAAUGGCCCACGAAGCAGCAGAGGAUGAUAUGGAAACAGAAGUUUAUGAGGAGUUGAGGCAUUAUGGAAAAGAGUUUGAGACCAAAGCUCUCGAGCUGUUGGACUAUUGUUACCGUCAAGACGACGACCAAGCACAGCAACUACUGACUUGCGAACUUCAGAAUUGGUCGGGACAGACCUGUCUGAGUCUCGCCGUCGCUGCUAACCACCGCGCUUUGUUGGCCCAUCCCUGUUCCCAGAUCAUACUAGCGGACUUAUGGAUGGGUGGGCUGAGGACGAGGAAAAACACCAACCUCAAGGUAAUUCUGAGCCUGCUGUGUCCGCUGUACAUUCUGCAACUGGAGUUCAAGUCCAAGGAGGAACUGCAGCUCAUGCCGCAAACGGAGGAAGAGCAUCUCGAGAACGAGAGCUUAGAGGACGAUAGGAGCACCAGAGACCCUAAUGACGCUGAGCAGGCCUUGAUUGGCUCAGGGGCCGAAUGUGAAACUCGUGUUGAUCAGAACGGGAAGGUCGGCAAAAUCGGCUGGGAUCCAACAUACCGUGACCUGCCGGAGUACCACGUGCCGGAGGACAAGAGGAUGAGGCCGCUGAGAUUGAGGAAGAAGAUAUAUGAGUUCUUUACCGCACCGAUAACUAAGUUUUGGGCGGAUUCGAUCGCGUACAUAUUGUUCCUGCUGAUGUUCACCUACACUGUGCUCGUGAAGAUGGAUCCCACGCCGUCUUCACCCGAGAUAUAUUCAAUAUGUUACAUACUUACAUUCUUAUGCGAAAAAAUUAGAGAAAUAAUUACAUCGGAACCCGUAGCUAUAAGACACAAGUUCAGCGUGUGGGCCUGGAAUAUGUGGAAUACUUACGAUGCUGGCUUCAUAAUAUUUUUCCUAGUUGGUCUCACCCUGCGCUUGCGGGCUGUGUCCAUGGAUGUCGGCCGCGUCAUAUAUUGCGUUGAUAUAAUAUAUUGGUAUCUGAGGAUACUUAAUAUAUUGGGCGUCAAUAAGUAUUUAGGUCCUUUAGUCACGAUGAUGGGUAAAAUGGUUAAGAACAUGAUAUACUUCGUGGUUCUGUUACUCGUCGUGCUAAUGUCCUUCGGAGUAGCGCGGCAGGCCAUCUUAUAUCCUGACAAAGAAGCCAGCUGGUAUCUAAUAAGAGAGAUAUUCUUCCAACCGUACUUCAUGCUAUACGGGGAAGUGUUUGCCCCGGACAUUGAUCCACCUUGCGGUUUGGGGAUCGGGGACAAAAAGUGUGUGACCGGGAGAUGGAUUACGCCCAUAGCGAUGACGGUGUACCUCCUCGUGGCCAAUAUACUCCUCAUUAACCUCCUUAUCGCUGUCUUUAAUAAUAUAUUUAAUGAAGUCAAUGAAGUCUCGCAUCAGGUCUGGAUGUUCCAAAGGUUCACUGUUGUCAUGGAGUACGAACAGAAACCAGUCCUACCGCCUCCAUUAAUAAUAUUCUGUCACAUUUACGCCACAUGCAAAUGGGUCACCAGAAACGUGUCCCAUAAAAGAUUUCAAUAUGAUAAUGGACUGAAACUUUUCUUAGAAAAGGAAGAUAUGGAAAGGUUGUAUGACUUUGAAGAGGAGUGUGUAGAAGGAUAUUUUAGGGAACAGGAGGUAAAACUAUCGAAUUCGAUCGAAGAAAGGGUGAGGAAUACGACAGAUAGAGUUGAAAAUAUCACGACCAAAAUAGAGGACCUAAAUCAAAAGGCAAAUUGUCAAGUGCAAUCUGUGAAGAGCGUAGAGUUCAGACUUAGAAAACUUGAAGACGUGGCUGAGCAGACGAUGAACCACCUAGCAGUGAUCCAUCGGUUCAUGGCCACUCAUCCGUCUCUGGUCAACCGAGGCUCCACGGACACCCUGGGGCCCCCGCCGCCAACCUUCCAAACAGGUGGCGCUAGACUACGAACCGCCAGCGACAGAUCCGAGGUGCUGUCGGACAGUGACACCGCCGCUCGGUUCAUCGUCCGGCCCGUGCAAGAGGAGGACGAGCUCGCCUCGCAACCCUCCGAAGAGGAGUUACCUCAAUCAGGGCCAGAGGUUCCAGUUGAAAAGGAACCAGAGGCGGAUUCAAUUUCCACAUCAUCAGCUGGCAGCGUUGCCGGUCCUGACGUGACAGUCAUCAGGCCAACUGCCCCAGCAACACCAGCAAGACAAAGGUCAUCCGACAGCAAUAGAACUGAACCUAGUGACGAGAAGAAAGUGUCAUCGGCUGUUGACGACGCAUUUUUACCGGAAGUUCGUGAGGUACCGACGGAAUUAAGUAGUCUUCGUCCACGUACCACGUCUGCGGGUACGAGAAGGACUGCCAAUACCAGACGGCGUUCCGAGGGGGGCAACGACUGUGGCAUGGGCGGCCACUCAACGCAGCAUCUGGCUCCGAGAAGACAACACAGCCAGACGCAUUCAGAGCCAGAUAACUCGGCCGUUGACGCCGGCUCCUUGCAAAAUUCUGUCACAGGUUGGGAGGCAACGGGGGGUGCUGCUGGCAUUUCAUCAGGUCGCACUCGUGUGGGCGGAGCUCCUAGAUCUCUGCUCCUAGCCAUGCACGAAUACACCAGCAUAACGGAUGAGCUUGAAACAGCCUAUGGAUUAUUCUCCCCACCUCAUACUCCUAGAACGCCUAUAACAAAUCGUCUGCUAUCCCCUGGUCGAGCGUCUCCAAGACGACGUCAUGCAAGUGAGAUGUCGAACCCAGAGUUCGCUCUCUUCAUGGAGAAGGAGCAUCUCCGAGGAGCGGAGGAAGAUGACUACAUCAUAAUGGAGAACCUCAUCCAAAGACGCCUAGAAAUGGAGUCUCUGCUGGGCAGAUACGAUGAUGACGAAGGAGAGGGGGCCUCGGCGGGAUCCGGGGGCCAAGCUGUCGGGGGGCCCGACGUCGGGGUCAGUAUCAGCGUGUGCGUGAACAGCGUUCCAGAUCAGACCUCAACUCUACUCACUGUUAGCGACCGGCGAAUCCCUCAUCAGAGACACUCUCUGCGGAGAUCUUCUGCUAUCGACAGUCGUGAGCUGCCGUCUCCUCUCCAGCCCCUCCUGGGCGAAGAGUGUGGGGAAGUGCUCCUUCCAGUACCCCGACAGCCUUCAGGAGACACGAACGCCUCCAGUGAGUUGUCUCUGUCGCACAUGGUGAGUGAGAGCCUCCCUCCGCGGCCGUCCAUCGUCCUGGACUCCUCGCAGCUUCCUCGUCAGCGCUCAGCGGAACAGCCCCAGCCGCCGCAACCCUCGAGGCCGGAGACCAUGUGUUAGAUUUUAUAAAGGAUUACGAAGAACACAGCGAAUAUAGAAAACGACCAAACUUGUUUUGAAACUUUUUUUAAUAUGGCAACACCAAAAAAUACUUAAUAAUAAGUAGCUAGUAUUAACCGUAUCAAUGUUUUAGGUAGAGAUUGUAAGAGGACGUAAAAUAGUAUUUAAUAUGGUUGUUAAUCGUAAGCCAAGUCUAAAGAUGAAAUUAAUACGCCCAUCAGACAAACACACACAUUUAUAUACCCUUUCAUAAUGGUAUUGAUUUUUAAUUUUAUUUAUGGCAACAAUAAAAUUUAUACCAACUCCAUUAUUAUUACAUUAUAACAUUUUAUUUAUUUAACAAAUAUUUAUAAUAAUUUUAUUUAUUUUAAUUUUACACAUUAAAAGACACUUUAAACGAUACCAAUGAAGAUUUCAUUUUCAAUAAAAAAAAAAUUACAUAGUUGCAUAGAAACCUAACGACUUGUCACUUUGACAACUGUCAUUAAUGUCCGAAAGGAGACACUUGUCACUUAAUAACUAUAUCUUCAAUAAUUUUAUCAUUGUCAGCCGAAAAUAAUUUUUUAAUAGUUUUUCAAAUAGUACAUUUUUCGCUUCCUUUAAAUAAACGUUGAUAAAAAUAUAACUUUUAUUUCUGGUUUUAAAAGAUUUAUUGCUUGAAAUUUUAAAAGCAAGCAUGCGUGGCAGACACGUAUAGAAAAUUGUGAAUAAAAGUAUAAUAUCCUAAUAUAUAAGAAUAUAAUAAUUUUAUCUACAAUUUUUUUUUCUCAUACCCCAUAUCAAACUGUAUCGCGGCCAUUUUUUAUUUAUUCUCGAAAUUUGUCCAUUAAAUUAUACCAAAUUUUAUCACUCUAGAAAAAUAUAAAUACAAUAUUACUUAUAUAAUAUCACAUAAAUCUUUUAUAACCAACGCGUUGUUUGUGAAUAUCUGCCAAUAUUUAUUUAGUUACAACACAUCUGUCAGUGUAAAGGAAAUCAAGUCGACCAUGUUGAUAUAGUGCAGAAAGUUUUCAUCAUAAUUUUAAAUUUUUACACAAAUUAAAUUACUGACUUAUGUUUCAGAGAUAUCGAAAAUAACGUAUUUAUUAAAAAAUAUCUAUAAAACUGCGAAUGAAAAUAUAUUAUCUAUAUAGAUAAGAAUAUAAUAAUUUUAUCUACAAUUUAUUUUCUCCAAUACCCCAUACCGUCAUAUUUUUAUAUAUAUUCUCGAUAUUUGCAUUUUAACUUUCACUACGAAUUGAAAAAUAUCAAAUUUUAUAACUCUAGAAAAGUUGUGAUCGUGAAUAUCAUAUAAAUGUCUCAUAACGAGAGUAUCGUGAACUAUUUGCCAAUAAAUAUCACAUAUCUAUUAGUGUGAAGGAAAAUUAAAACGGUCAACAUAUAAAAGAUAAUCUUUUGAUCAUAGUUUUAUAUUUUUACACAAAUUUAAUUACUGACUCGUGUUUCGGAGAUAUUGAAAGUGACGUAGUUAUAACAGAAAUAUCCAUUCAUAUCUGACAUGUCAAAAAUUAACGCGUUUACAAAAUGGCGACGACGAAAAAAAAAAUUGUUUAUGUACAGUGUAGUCUAUGUAAAGAGUAGUCUAUGGUCUAAACAUUGACAAUACGCGCACUAGAGCUCAUGUAAGUAUAAGUAAGUAUCGGAUUCGACUACAUAGUGUAGAAGACACAAAUAUAAAUCGUCUGUUUGUUUGUACAUAAGUUAUAAGUAGAAAAUAUAAUAAUAAUAAUUUUUUUGUCUAUUCUAGCUUUCUUAAUCUGCUUUUCUAAUACUUUAUAUAUCUAACCUAAUAUAAAAUAUUAUAUGUCUGUACUGACUUAAUGUGAAUUAAAAAGUUAGCCAAAACCAAUUAACGAUUACGUUAGUUAAGUUGCCUUGAUAACUGACGAAAACUAUGAACUGGUCAGUAUAGUGAGGUUUCUAACACACUAAGCGCACAGAAACAAUAAUUUGCUAGGUCACAAGUUCCACCGACACUGCUCGAUUAUCCAUAAAUAUGUGAAUGAGACGGGAACUGUACAGUUUUGGUUAACUUCUUAACUCGAACUAAGAUAUCGAAUAGUGCAAUUCGUUUCAUACAUAUUAAUAGCUAGCUAAGUAAUACUAAGUCCUGAAUAAAACGACUGGCAUUAUAUUGCUGAGAAACUAUUUAUAUUUUAAAUCUAUUUAUUAUAUCAUAUAUUCUACUUCUAUAAAAUAUUACUUCUGUACAUAUCACAGAGACUUUAUAUACAUAUAUAUAUCUUUACAUAUAUACGCAUGCUAUAUAUGAGGCCCUUAUUUAUUAGUAACACUACCUAUUUAUUCGUAUAUGAUUUUUUUAUUAUCUGUCACUUUCUACAAUAUAUAUACUAUACGAAGUUUAUUUUUUUAAAGCACAAAUCAAUCCACGCUCAUCACGGAUGUGUUCAGUUUUACCAAAUUUCGUAUAAUGAAUGUUAGGUGGAAAUAUUGUUUUUCAACAUACGCAAUAAUACAUUUGUGUUAGUCGUAAUGAUUUUAUGAGUAUUAUAUUAGAUAAGUGUUCGUUAACAUAUAGUAAAUGUUCAUGUAAAUGACAGCUGACUCGUUUUUUACAAGUGUACGUAUCUAAGCACUUCGAAUCAUUGUUGAUAACAAGUUAUCCGACUUCAGAGAGCCAGUACUUAAGACUCUCGAGUAUCCAUUUAAACGAAACUAAUAUUUACGGAUUAUACUAGUAUUUUAUUAUUUUAAAAACUACAUACUCCCGACAUUCAGAUCACGUCCGCCCGUGAUCACGGUUGCUGCAAAGUAACCGAACGUCUAAGUAUAUUAGUUUCAUUUAAACCGAUGCUUAUAUUAAAUUUUCAUAUGUAAAAAGCUGUAAUUUCCUUAUUUUAUUUUUGUCUGUAAUAUUUAUAUCUCCACUUAAUCGUUCGUGUUUGACUCGACGCUUCAUUGAGCACAGCUUAUCGCGAACUUUUUUUGCUUCCAGCACUUUUUCUGUAUAAGAUAUAUGAAUUCUGUUCCUAUUGGGAUUCCUUCACUAUCAGUUUGUAAGAGUGACAGCACUUUGUCUGUACAUUGAUACAAUAAACAUAUUUGUGAUAUA